CAAACACUCAGCAGUGUUUAUUUGAUCGUGCAGUGUUGGCUCUCAGGGCGGGCUCUCGAUCCAUCUCUUCAGGCCUCAGUAUGAGGAUAUGCCUGCUGGCCAUGGCAUGUCUUAUCUACCCUGUGGUGAUGUUCUCUUUCAAACAGAUGACAGAGUGGAUACAGAACUAUGCCCACAGUCUGAAGGAGAAAACACAAGACCUUAAGCACCAGAGGCAGCUGGCUGAAGAUCUGCUUCACCAAAUGCUGCCAAAGUCAGUUGCCAAACAGCUCCGCCAGCAUAAACAUGUUGAAGCUGAGAGCUACGAAAAGGUGACCAUUUUUUUCUCAGACAUUGUGGGCUUCACCUCUAUAUCUGCGUCCUGUACUCCAUUGCAAGUAGUGAAGAUGCUCAACAACCUCUACAUGUGUUUUGAUACGCGCAUUGACUCCUAUGAUGUCUACAAGGUGGAGACUAUAGGAGAUGCAUACAUGGUGGUGAGCGGCCUACCUGAAAGGAACGGAGACAGACAUGUGGAUGAAAUUGCCAAGAUGGCUCUGGAUCUGGUAGCAGCCGUCAGACAGGUCUCCAUUCCUCACAUGCCCAAUGAGAGGCUUCAGCUCAGAGCUGGCAUCCACACAGGUCCAUGUGUGGCAGGAAUAGUGGGCUACAAGAUGCCAAGAUACUGUCUAUUUGGAGAUACCGUCAACACAGCCUCUAGAAUGGAAUCAACCAGCCUGCCUCAGAAAAUCCACAUCAGUUCAGAAGCAUACCUGGCUCUGAUCAAAGACAAUGCUUAUGAGCUGCAGCUUCGUGGAGAGAUUGAGAUUAAGGGUAAGGGCAAAAUGUAUACAUACUGGCUGAUUGGCCACAAGAACUACAGCGUGCAGAAUGACAGUCUGGUUUGCCACUGGAAUCCCAACAUGGCCAGAAAGAAGAAAAUGUUAGCAGGGAGCCAGGUAUCUGUGAGCAAUUUUUACCCUACUUCAACUGGCCUAAGUAAAGGGAGUGAAGUCAAACCCUCUUGUCUGCGUGGUCAUUUUGAAGAGGAGUUUAGUCUGAAUGUCGACUCUAGCAAGGCGUUAGAGGCAGAGGACAUUACAGUAAAACGACAGCCUCUCAAAGACCAGUCUCGUGGGGAACUGGACAGCAAUUAG